CUCGAAACUCCACACCGCCAAGGAGACUUCCUCGACUCCUCGUUCUUUUCACAGUUCAAUCAGAUCACAUAUUCAAUCAAGAUGUCGCGUCCUCAGAAUGUCGGUAUCCUCGGUAUGGAGUUUUACUUCCCUAACCAGUGUGUUGACCAAGCCGACCUCGAGUCCUUCGAUGGUGUUGCUGCUGGAAAGUACACCAUUGGUCUCGGCCAAAAACGCAUGGCUUCCGUCGACGACAGAGAAGACAUCUACUCCUUCGCGUUGACCGCUACCCACAACCUCAUCGAGAAGUACAACAUCGACGUAAACACCAUCGGACGCGUCGAGGUCGGUACCGAGACUCUCCUCGACAAAUCCAAGUCCGUUAAGUCCGUCCUCAUGCAGCUCUUUGGCGAGAACCACGAUAUCGAGGGUGUCGACACCGUGAAUGCAUGCUACGGUGGAACCAACGCGUUCUUCAACGCCGUGAACUGGAUCGAGUCUUCCGCCUGGGAUGGGCGUAACGCGAUCGUUGUCGCCGGUGAUAUCGCUAUCUACGCCAAGGGUGCCGCACGACCAACCGGUGGUGCCGGCUGUGUUGCCAUGCUCAUCGGUCCCGAUGCGCCUAUCGUCCUCGACGCCGGCGUCCGUGGUACCCACAUGGCCCACGUCUACGACUUUUACAAGCCUGAUUUCACGUCUGAGUACCCCUACGUCGAGGGCCACUACUCCGUCCAGUGCUAUACCCGCGCCUUGGACUCCGCUUACCGCGCCUACCAAAAGAAGUUCCAGAAGAAGUACGCCAAGGACGCUUCCAUCGAUACUUUCGACUACUGUCUCUUCCACGCCCCCACCUGCAAGACCGUCCAGAAGUCCUACGGUCGUUUGUUGUACAACGACUUCCUCGCCUCCCCCUCCACCGAGGAGUUCGCUUCCGUCAAGGAGGCUAUGGAGGCGGUCGACUAUGACGCUUCCUUGAGCGACAAGAAUGUCGAGAAGACGUUCGUUACGUUGUCGAAGGGACGGUACGGAGCCCGCGUCCAGCCUACGAUCUUGGCGCCCAACAACCUCGGAAACUCAUACACCGCCUGCGUCUACUCCUGCCUCGCCUCCCUCCUCUCCUCCGUCCCCGCUUCCGAACUCACCGGAAAGCGCGUGGGAGCAUUCUCCUACGGCUCCGGAAUGGCUGCAACCUUCUUCUCCCUCUCCAUCGUCGGUGACGUCUCUCGUAUCUCCGAGACUCUCGCCCUCAAGGAGAAGUUGGACGCGAUGAAGGUCCUUAAGCCUGAGGCGUACGAGCAUAACCUGGAGUUGAGGGAGAAGGCGCAUUUGUCCAAGGACUUUACUCCUGUUGCGGGUCUUGAGAAUGUGCGUGACGGUACGUAUUAUUUGGUCAAGGUCGAUGAGAAGUAUAGGAGGUUUUACGAGAGGAAGGGCGCUGCUGCGGCUACGGCGAAUGGUGUUUCUGCUUAAACCUGUGAACUCUGGAGGAAGGACGAUAUUGCAUGUAGAUCAUAGUUAGGGUUUAUUUUGGUAACAUGAUACCGUGGUAUAUAUGACGGACUGGACUCCUAUCAUAGAGCAUGGGCAGAGGUGGAAGUGAAAAUUGGGGCCCAGUG